GUCUUCAACGGACGAGGACGAGGCUCCGGUCGCAGAGUCCGAGGUCCAGAACGUCGAGUCUCUGAAACCGGACGAGAAACACAAGGAAGAAAAAGACGAGAAAAGGAAGAAAAAGAAGAAAAAGAGGAGAAAGAAAAAGAGGAGAUGGAGAAGGAUGAAGAUGGACCUGAGACCGAAGCUCCAGCGCAAACUGAGAAAACCGAGCUGCCCAACGCCCAGAGGACGAAGAAGAGGUCUUCUUGCUGCGCUCUUCUCUCUCGUUGUCUCGUGCCGCUCCUCGUGCUCUUCUUCGGGGGUUUGUCUCAGCACCUGUGGCUCUACGGUCUCCCUCGCUCUGUGGCUCAGCUCUCGGCUCAGAUGCACCUGCACUGGCUCCAGGGACUCGUGCCCCAGACCGCGCCCUGCUCCUCCGACUGCAGGGCGUCGCUGGUGGAGUCUCUGCCCGUCGGCGUUUACCCGUCGGCCCCCGCCGCCCGCCAGACCAUCGCUCAGAGCUGGCUGCGUCUGCUGGACCGCGCCAACCGCUCGGUCGACGUCGCCGCCUUCUACCUGACGCUGAGGAGCCGAGACGGGGACCCCACCGACGCGCAGGGACGGUCGGUGUUUGAGGCGCUGAAAAAACUCAAAUCUAAAGGAGUGAGUCUGAGGUUUGCACUGAACGCUCCACAGACUCAGACGGACGACGCACAAGAACUACAAGAGGAAGGUGCGGAGGUGAAAGAGGUGCACCUGUCGGACCUGACGGGAGGGAUCAUCCACACCAAACUCUGGACCGUGGACCAGAGGGACCUGUACGUGGGCAGCGCCAACAUGGACUGGCGCUCGCUGACACAGGUGAAGGAGGUGGGCGUGUCGGUGGAGGACUGCAGUUGUCUCGCUGAGGACGCGUCUCGUGUUUUUGACGCGUACUGGUCCGUGGGCGGCGCCGACGGCUCGCUGCCUCCCUAUUGGCCGGCGCGUCUCUCCGCCCUCUCCAGCUCCCACAAUCCUCUGCACCUCAAGUUCAACGGCGUCCCGGCGCGAGUCUACCUCUCCAGCGCUCCUCCUCAGCUCUCCACUCGGGGGCGCACCGACGACCUGGAGGCCAUUCUGUCUGUGAUGGACGACGCCCGACAGUUCAUCCACGUCUCCGUCAUGGACUUUCUCCCCCAGGAUCAGUUCUCCAAACCACCAAGGUUCUGGCCUCCUUUAGACUCGUCCCUCCGCUCGGCCGCCUGCGUCAGAAGGUUGAAGGUUCGACUCCUGGUCAGCUGUUGGCCUCACUCUCCGGCGGCCAUGUUUGUUUACCUUCAGUCUCUGCUCGUGCUGAACCGUCCGCCGCUCAACUGCGACAUCCAAGUGAAAGUGUUCACGAUUCCCUCGACGCCGGAUCAGAUGAAGAUCCCGUACGCUCGAGUCAAUCACGCCAAGUUCAUGGUGACGGACCGAGUGCUUUAUAUCGGGACUUCAAACUGGUCCGAGGGAUACUUCACGCAGACGGCCGGAGUCGGUCUCGUCGUGAACCAGACCGGGUCCGAACCGGGACUGGAGACCCUCCGGACCCAAGCCGACCAGAUCUUCCUCCGAGACUGGACCUCGCAGUACUCCACAGACCUGACCCUGGACCAGACCGACGCCUGCCCCCUGGCCCAGAGCUAGACCGGGACUGGACCAGGACUGGAACAGGGACUAGACCAGGGACUAAAACAGGGACUAAGCUAGGGACUAGACUAGACCAGGGACUAGACCAGGGACUGGACCAGGGACUGGACCAGGACUGGAACAGGGACUAAAACAGGGACUAAGCUAGGGACUAGACCAGGGACUAGACCAGGGACUGGACCAGGGACUGGACCAGGGACUGGACCAGGACUGGACCAGGGACUAGAACAGGGACUAAAACAGGGACUAAGCUAGGGACUAGACCAGGGACUGGACCAGAGACUAAACCAGGGACUGAACCGAGGACUAGACCAGGGACUAAACCAGGGACUGAACCGAGGACUAGACCAGGGACUAAACCAGGGACUGAACCGAGGACUAGACCAGGGACUAAACCAGAGACUAAACCAGGGACUGGACCAGGGACUAAGCCGGAGACUAGAUCAGGGACGAAAAUCAGGGACUAAGCUAGGGACUGGACCAGGGACUAGACCAGGGACUAGACCAGGGACUAGACCAGGGACUAGACCAGGGACUGGACCAGAGACUAAACCAGGGACUAAACCAGAGACUAAACCAGGGACUGGACCAGGGACUAAGCCAGAGACUAGAUCAAGGACUAAAAUCAGGGACUAAAAUCAGGGACUAAACCAGGUCUAAACAUGAACUAAACCAGGACUAGAUCAGGGACUAAACCGAGACUAAACAAGGACCGAACCAAAGAUUAAACAAGAACCCCAUGGGGACUCAACCAAAGCAGGACUAAACCAGUACCAAACCAGGUCUAAACCAGGACUAACAAGGACCUAAAGUUGGACCUCUUCAUCAUAUCUGCGUUAUGAGGACUGAACCAGGACUAAACCGGGGCUGGACCUGGAUUUACCGAGGAUUAAACUCAUCGUGGACUAAAUGGACCUCCCCCCGCUGGACUUGAACCAGUCCUGGAUCUGGACCGGACUCUGCACAUGUGUUUGAAGUGUUAUUUUUGUGUUUGUACAGUUUGUGCCUGGAGCAGUUUGUAUAUACUCAGACGAGACGUUUACGUUUAUGUUUCACACGCAGGUUUUAUUUCACUUUUUCAGUUUGGCAAAGAUUAAAAAAACUUAUAAAUGUCUCAAAAGUCGAAUCGAGAACUAAACCAGGACUUUUAUCAAAUCGAAUCAGGGGCAAAAGAAGGACUAAACCAGGUCUAAACCAGGUCUAAACCAGGUCUAAACCAGGUCUAAAACCAGGUCUAAACCAGGACUAAACCAGGUCUAAACCAGGUCUAAAACAAGGUCUAAACCAGGUCUUUAUCAGGUCUAAACCAGGUCUAAAACAAGAUCUAAACCAGGUCUUUAUCAGGUCUAAACCAGGUCUAAAACAAGGUCUAAACAAGAUCUAAACCAGGUCUUUAUCAGGUCUAAACCAGGUCUAAAACCAGGACUAAACCAGGUCUAAACCAGGUCUAAAACCAGGACUAAACCAGGUCUAAACCAGGUCUAAACCAGGUCUAAAACAAGGUCUAAACCAGGUCUAAAACAAGGUCUAAACCAGGUCUAAAACAAGGUCUAAACCAGGUCUUUAUCAGGUCUAAACCAGGUCUAAAACAAGGUCUAAACCAGGUCUUUAUCAGGUCUAAACCAGGUCUAAAACAAGGUCUAAACCAGGUCUUUAUCAGGUCUAAACCAGGUCUAAAACCAGGUCUAAACUCGUGUAGUAAAACGGUUAAAUAUAACAGGUCUAAACAAGAUCUAAAACCAGGACUAAACCAGGUCUAAACAAGAUCUAAACCAGGUCUUUAUCAGGUUUAAACCAGGUCUAAACAAGAUCUAAACCAGGUCUUUAUCAGGUUUAAACCAGGUCUAAACAAGGUCUAAACAAGAUCUAAACCAGGUCUAAACAAGAUCUAAACCAGGUCUAAACCAAGUUUAAACCAGGUCUUAAUCAGGUCUUAAUCAGGUCUUAAUCAGGUCUUAAACCAGGUUUAGACCAGGUCUUCUUUAGUCUCUUGUUCUUCUGUCUCAGUUUUGUUUUAAAUCGUGGGUUUUGUGCAUUAAUUGACUUUAUUUGAGCUUUUUUCUCAUGUUCUGACGUUGUUCCUCGUCACAGGCCGAGCUCCAUCACCUGCUCGUUUCCACGGAGACGUCGCUGCUCCGCCCGGAAUGUUCCGCGGUGCGACUUUAAACGGCUCCAAACCAGGACUAAAACUGGAGUAAACCAGGUCUAAACCAGGACUAAACCAGGACUAAAACUGGAGUAAACCAGGUCUAAACCAGGACUAAACCAGGUUUAAACCAGGACUAAAACUGGAGUAAACCAGGUCUAAACCAUGUGGUUUUAAAGCUCAAAAAUACAGAGAAAAGUGGGCGUUGUGACUGCCAGCGGGGUCGCCUCUCCGCAGACCUGACCCGUGACCCGGACAGGUUCGGGUUAGAAAGGUUUAAAGCCACACUGCGGAACAUUCCAGACCCAGAGAGCGAAGAGCGACGUUUCCAAAGAGACGAAAAGCGUCGGACGGACGGACCCGCAAACGUAACCACCAAAGACGACCGGGGCUUUUUCCCCUGUGUCGCCGUGGAGACGGGGAGAGCGUCCGUGUACGUAGAUCCGACUCAGAAUCUAUUUGUCUAAAGCGGCGACGUGUUUCCACUGUUGACUGGACGCAGACGCUAUCCCUCUGCACUGGAGUGUCUGCGGACGCCGAGACAACCACCAGUUUACUGUAAAUAAACAAAUCAACUAGAAA